AUGGCAGACUCUGUGUUUACACUUCGUUGGGCUAUCCUUGGUGCUGGCUAUAUAUCCGGCAAAUUCGUCUCCGACAUCAUUCUCGACCCAAAGACACGUGGGGUGACUGAUGUCGUGCACAAACUCGUUGCAGUUGGCUCUCGCGAUGCAGCCAAGGGAAAGGAGUUUCUUGCAAAGAUUACCGGCAAGGACGACCACCCAGCCAAGAUUUAUGGGAGCUAUGAAGAAGUUGUCAAGGAUCCUAAUGUCGAUGCAGUCUACAUCGGUGUACCCCAUCCUGGUCACUACGAUCUCACCACGCUAUGCCUCACCAAUGGCAAGCACGUACUCUGCGAAAAGCCAUUUACCGUCAACGCCAAAGAGGCUGAAGCACUGAUCCAACUCGCCAAAGAGAAAAACUUGUUCCUCAUGGAAGCCAUGUGGACACGUUUCCUGCCAGUAGCAGAUUACAUCUCAGACCUCGUCAAAGGCGGCACUCUUGGAGACAUACGCGUCCUACAUGCAGAUCUGAGUGGUGAUUUUGACAUCCAAAACCUUCCACUCACCCAUCGAAUCCUGGACCCAAAGCUCGGUGGAGGAGCACUCCUUGACCUUGGACCCUAUCCACUCGUUUGGGCCAUUAUCGCCAUGUAUGAGCAUCCAGCCAACAACAAGCAGCACCCUUCUGCCAUCUCAGCAGCCAUGCUCAAGACACCACUCACAGGAGUAGACGCACACACUUCCUUUACAUUAAACUUUGACCAGCUCAACGCUCAAGCUGUCCUCACGUGCGGUAUCACCAUUUCGUCCCCCAACCCAGCGCUGGUCAUCCGACUUCGCAAGGGAAAUAUCAUUGUAGAUGCCCCCAUAUACCGUCCCAAUGUCGUCAAGGUCCAGUAUCUGGCCAAGGAAGGCAGCGACGAGGUAGUAAAGGAGGAAACGAAGACAUUCAAGAAUGGCGCAGAUGAACAGCAUGGAGGCUCUGGAUGGCAUUGGCAGGCAGACGAAGUCGCUCGAUGUAUCCGUGAUGGCAAGAUUCAGAGCGACAAGUGGGGGUGGGACAAGACGCUACUUGAAAUGAAAAUCUUUGACGAGGUACGCAAGCAAGGUCAGCUGGUGUUCCCUGAAGGCGUAGAGAAGCUCGUAUAA